AGGUAGACCAGCCAGGUAGAGGAGGCCUUGGUUCAACAGAAACCUGGGGUAGAGGAGGCAGGAGCAACGUGCUGGACGCACACUAUGCGCAGGAGUUCCCAUACGGAAAGAUGUACGUGAGUUAUCUUUUGGAGAAGGAACCCAGCAUGUACCCAAAUUCAGUGCGACAUCCCAGCCUAAACCUGAACCAUCAGAACUUUGUGCCCGCACCUCCACAGUAUUCGGAUUUCAGCGGAUACCACCACGUUGCUGGGAUUAACAAUGACCCUCACCACAGCCAGACUGGGGCCUGGAACCCUGCUUACCCGCCGAGCCGGGAAGAGUGGUCACCCUAUGGGCCGGGGACAGGACCGUCCACAUCUAAUCCGGGACCAAUAGGGUAUAGUCCCCCAGAGUUCUCUCCAGUCCCACAACCCGGGCUUCUCCCAUCCAUCAACUCAUCUGUAGGGCAGCUGUCUCCCAAUUCUCAGCGCAGAAACCCUUAUGAUUGGAUGAGGCGGAGCACACCACCGGCAAAUUCAGGUAAUUUACUGAGGUGUUCAUAAAUUUUUUUGUGUCAGAAAGUGUAUCAUUUGGUUGUCCAUAAGACCAUAGUAAGUAAAGCAUAAGUCACGUUUUUAAAUGUUUAUUAAAAUAAUAAUAAACUAAAUGUAUCUGUAGCAAAUCACACACAUAUUAAAUAUAAUGGGUUAAAUUCAGUGUCUUGGCCCAUUUUCUUUCUCAAAUCAAAGAUACUGAAAUACUGUAGGCACCAUCUUGUGAGGAAAAAGCAAAACCAGAACCACUGAGUUUGCGAGUCACAUCCAUGAAUGAUGCAUGCACCUGUUCUCUAAAUUCAGAAAGGAAUUUAUGUUUCAACUCAGAAAGAUGGAAUACCAGGUUAUCUGUCGCUUGGUCGUCCAGGGUAGGGGAGGGACUGGCCGGCAGGGAUGUAGCUCAGUGGGUAGAGCAUGGCGUUCGCAAUGCCAGGGUUGUGGGUUCGAUUCCCACGGGAGGCCAGUAUGAAAAAAAAAAAUGUUUGCACUCUCUAAGUCGCUCUAGAUAAGAGCGUCUGCUAAAUGACUAAAAUGUGAAAAUGGUUGUUCUUUCAUUCCUUAGUAUUUGUCCAAUCCUAUCAAAAUAUUUGACAUUGCUGUGUAUUGUCAUAUAAUAGCAAAUGUCACUGACAAAAACUUUAUAUUUUGCGCUCAUCGGUACAGUUGCGCCUCACUGCAGUGCCUGUGUGAACACAUUAAUCACACCUCGCAUGCCAUCUUAAAUUAGUGGCAUUUUCUCCUGCGUUUAUUGGGUACAGAUGUAGGAUCUUAAUUUGAUCAGUCUUUUGUUACUGCACAUUUUGGAAAUGCAAACUUGUAGUGUAUUUUAAUUUUUAAAAGGCUUCUAAAGUCUAUAAUUUCCACUUUGAAAUUUCAGACUUGAGUUGCCAUAACAAAAACUCAAUCAUACACACAUUUCCAUAAAUUAUAAUCCACAUAGCCUAAUAAUUCACAUUUCCUGUUGCUUCAGGAUUAUUUUCCCGCUGAAGCAAACUGGCCCAAAUUAAGAUCCUACAUCUGUGUAAUAUGGCCUAUAUAAUGUAUUUACAGUUGAGGGUAAAGCAGGGUAUGCAUUAUAAUUGCAUUGUGUGUUGACCUAUUUACAUAAUAAGCGCUCAAUGAUUAUAGUUAUGAUUAUAAUUGCCUAUCAUCGGUAGUGAACAGUAAUAGCAGUAGGCUAGUAGCCUAUACUAGGCAUAAUAUAGUCUAGGCUAUAAAUUACUAUAUUAAAUCAGCAUCAUCAAAUUCAUUUUGAUUUUGUCUGGUGUAGGCUUCACAAUUAUUAUGUGAGCAAUCACUUCUUUUUCCCCGACAUCAGCAUAUUUCAUAAUGUUACAGGAUUUGUUCAUAAUUUCAAUAAGAAUUCUUUCAAGUCAGCUGAGAUUGAUAAACCUGCAAGUGAUCAAAUGAAAGAAACGGUCUGGGGAGGUUUGAAGAUCGUAUUAUGCAAAUGUAGAGGUUUGUUUUCUUCUUGUAUGUCAGCGAUCUAGGGCUCUAUAAUAUUUUUCUAUGUUGUAAGUCUUUGUUAGGCAUUAUGUCUCAAGGCGGAAGUAGUUGUUGUCGACUACUUUGAUGUCGCUCGCUUGGUUCACACUUGUCCUCCACUAGACCUACGUCAGGCAAUUGAAUAGGCCUACUGAUAUAACACACCAGGCAAUGACAACAUAUGACAGGAGAUUUAUGAAAAAUCAAUAUUUUACUGACUUCAAUUUAAUGGGCAUGGAAGCACCUUAGGUGGACUGUGUCUACAGUUGUAUUAAAUCACCUUUAUCAGUACAAGCAAGCAGGCCCGAAGAGAAAAUACAAAAGCCAUGUGACUCCUGUAGCCCAAACUGCCCAGACUGAGAGUUAGAUGACUGCAAAGCCUUUCCUGUAUAGCAAACCCACCAGAAAUCAAGUUGUUGUCAAUGGCAACCUGGGAUCUCUUAUGAUAACAAAGGCAGCAGGGGCACAGACUUGGGGCUGUCAUAAAUGUCCAGUUUACAGUACCUAAUGGACCUGGCUGGUUCAAAAGUAAAUUCUUAUCCCAAAUUUGUCGUUCCAGUUCAUGUGGUUAUCUGGUUGUCCCAGACAGGGAGUUUUACGGUCCGUGUUACAGAUUAUCUCCAUGUCACUUUAUCGUACCGGCCAGCAAACCAUUCAUUCUAAUGGACAUCUCAUUAACCUCAACUGCUUAACCAUUUAUCUCAGCAGCCAUCAAUGAUAAUCAUUACAGAAGUGCAGCGCUACAUAGAUUAAUUGACAGUGCAUCAACCAUUCUCCACUAAUACAAUGUACACAAUACCACUUCUUAAACUUUUCACAUUUUGAUUGAAUCAUGGUUUUUAUGGGUUCUUGAAUGCUGUUGACAUUUUUAAUAGUUCCAUCAAGGGAAACUAUCAUCGGACUGUUGACUAUUUCUGGGUCCUCUACAGUUUUUUUCUCCCAGUGCAGCAUUAGGAUGCUUUGCCACCUGACAUUCAAAUGAAAUGCUAAUGUACAGGCUCAAGGUUAGCCCCCUUGAGGCCUCCUCAUGUGAUGGCAAACUGUGUUGUCGCUGGUGAUAGGCAGCCACUACAAUCAGUACAGUUUUUUAUUAAUGCAGCAUUGCGAUUGUAUGGGUCAAUACCCCCGUAGACAUGCACCUCAGACGCCGUCUGUUUAGGAGUGGUCCUCCUGUGUCAACAUGGAAAUGAGAAAACAAUGGUCAUUAGAGAAGAGGUAUAAUGAAUCAGAAGGUGAAGAGGAACAAUUAGGGGAACAUAGGAGCAGGAGGGUGUGUUCUGUGUUUUAGCAGCCUAAUGGUCUGGAUAACUCUCUGCUUGUCAGGCCAGGCGCCCUCACAGACAGCCCCCUCACCCUCUCAGCUCACACAUUUUAAUCUUUAACUUGGUCGCUGCAUCUGCACUUAGGUGCCUCAUUCAAUAUGGACAGAAUUAAGUGACUUUUGAUUUACGGUACCUAAUUAAAAAGACUAGCUGAUCCCAGGGCUUUGCUAGUUUAUCUGUGUGUGUUUUAGUGAGAGGUUUCAUGUAUGAAAUGAAGCAGAAACCACAUUUUCACAGAUGUCUGUCUCAUCUUUAUUUACUCCUAUAAUAUUGUUUAUUUACGGCAUGUAAGUUAAUGUGAAAUCUGUCCGCAGCAGUAGCCCAGCCAUCCUCCCAUUAUAACCAAUGCAGCUCAAGCCCUGUCUCCUCAUGAGAAGGAGUCCUACUGAGAAUCACAUCUGUUCAGCUAGUUUGUACGGGGGGGGGGGGGGGGGGGUUCUACUAAGCUAACAUUUAGAAUUGUUUAAAGAUGGCCAUACUAUGGAUCAGUUAGCUAUUUGAUUUAGAAUUUUAGGACCCCUGUAUGUAUAUAAUUUUUUUUUUUUAAUGAUUUGAUAAGAUAUUUAAUUUGGCCUUUACUACUAAAGCCUAUAGAAACGCAUUGACUAACACAGUGGUUCCCAACUUGGCCGAUCCUCAUGGGGUACUUGAGAAGACUCAUGAGACCAUAGGCCUACCUCUAAAAUGCACAUGAGGGGGUACUUCAAGGGUACUCCGGGCAAAGCAAAAUUAAGUUGGUGGUACAGUAACCAAAAAAGGUUGGUAACCACUGGACUAACACAUUCAUUAAUCAUAAGGAAUAAGGUUUGAAGUGUCUGUCCUAUAUCUAUGAGAUAUAAGAAAGCUCAGGAAAUAUAUAUAUUUUUUACACAUAUUUAACCCCUUAUUUUUGUUGGCACAAAACUACCUCCAUACUUCUAUUCAUUUGUAUGGGUUACCUUCAGAUGAGUCCCGUGACACAUCGUGUUCGUGAGAGUCUCAUCUUAUGGUCAUAUUCGUUUUUAGGCCAAACCGUUUGGACGUUACACACAUUUUCAUGAGAAAACCGAUUUGGAUGUGGUGGAUUGAGACACAGCCCAUGCAUAUCUCUAGCUGAAAUUGAAGGAUUUUAUGGGGAUUUUUUAUAUUAUGUUACUUAGAUUGACUCUUAAGGAUUAAAGUUAGUCAAAAUAUACGUUGUUUUUCUACAUUACACACACAAUAUAAAAGUUGACUGAUGUCCAUACUCCAACUCUGUUGCAGGUGGUAAGACAAGAACGAAAGACAAGUACCGGGUGGUGUACACAGAUCACCAGCGGUUGGAGCUGGAGAAGGAGUUCCACUACAGCCGCUACAUCACCAUCAGGAGGAAAGCAGAGCUGGCCACUUCUCUCAGCCUCUCAGAACGACAGGUCAGACACAACAUCAUGGGACAGGGGACCAUCUCUCAAUUUUCUGUCUCUCUCUCUUUCUCUCUCUCUCUCUUUGUCUCUCUCUCUCUUUGUAUCUCUCUCUCUUUGUCUCUCUCUCUCUCUCUCUCUCUCUCUCUCUCUCUCUCUCUCUCUCUCUCUCUCUCACACACACACACUCACACUCACACCUUUAGUUUACUAGACCAGCCACAGAGCACUUAUCUAAAAUAUUUUAUUUAUUCCAUAGGUGAAAAUCUGGUUUCAGAAUCGGCGUGCCAAAGAGAGGAAAGUGAACAAGAAGAAGAUGCAACAGCCUCAGCCUGCGUCCACAACAACCCCUACUCCCCCAGGCUCUGGCAUGCCUGGCAAUGUUGCCAUGGUGACCAGCAGCAGUGGCGGCUUAGUGUCUCCGUCCAUACCAAUGACUAUCAAGGAAGAAUACUGAGGACGACGGUCUGACGUGAAAAAAAAAAUACUUUUGUCCAAAUCUAACCUGCAAUAGCUCCCCCAGUCAACAGCUUGAGCAACAUGGGGUCAAAUGCAGGAGUAAACAGCUUGAGCAACAUGGGGUCAAAUGCAGG